UAUUUUCUUUGAUAUGAGUUUUUAACCAAUUUAAAUGUUCACUUUUUUGGUUUUGUUUUUGUUUUUUUCCUAUUGUGAUUAAUUGGAUUUUCAAAAAUAAAUAAAUUUUAAAUCCUUGAACUGUUCAGCAUCAGCAUUAAAUUCACGUGUAAUCUUACUGAAACAUUUUCCCUUUUACUCUCACACUCUCACUCUCUCCUCUUAGUAUUUUGACUAUUUUUUGCUUUUUCUUUCACUCUCUAUCAUCAUCAUCAUGUCAUCAACAAAGCAAGCUAUGAUGGACAAUAAAUUGAUUAAAUUUAAGAAAUUAAUUUAUCAAGAUGAGGUUACAGAUUUAAAUGAAUUGCGUUCAAUGGCAUGGGCAGGUGUACCACCAUCAGUUCGUCAUGUAACGUGGAAAUUAUUAUUAGGCUAUCUUCCUGUUGUAAGGGAAAAAAGGGCUGCAGCUUUGGCACGUAAAAGAUCUGAUUAUCAACAUUAUGUUGAACAAUAUUACAAUAAUAAUCGAUGCCCAGAUGAUGAAAUUUGGAGACAGAUUCACAUUGAUAUACCUCGAAUGCAACCUUUGGUUUCAAUUUUUCAACAAGAAAUUGUUCAAAGAAUAUUUCAACGGAUACUUUAUAUCUAUUCUAUUCGUCACCCAGCUUCAGGCUAUGUUCAAGGAAUGAAUGACCUUGUGAUACCUUUCUUUGUUGUUUACUUGUCCGAAUUUAUGCCAACACAUUCAUUAUCGGAAUUGGAUCAUGUAAAUGUAUCAACUCUUUCUGAAGAAGUGUUACAAGGGGUAGAAGCAGAUUCCUUUUGGUCUUUAAACAAAUUAUUGGAUUCCAUUCAGGAUAAUUAUACUUUUGCUCAACCUGGAAUACAAAGUUUAGUUCACCUUCUUUCUCGAGUAAUGUCUCGUAUCGAUUCUAAACUUCACAAUCAUCUAUCCAGUAAUAAUGUCAACUAUCUACUAUUCUCUUUCCGUUGGAUGAAUAAUCUCCUCAUCCGUGAACUGCCUUUACGUUGUAUAAUUCGCCUUUGGGACACUUAUUUGGCUGAAGGAGCUUUGACCUCGUCUACCGCCAAUGUUUCUAGUUCAUCUACAGGUUCCACUCUAACGUCCAGUCUCUUAGAAUCGUCUAAUUUAACCAUUACCAAUAACUCUCUUGGUAAUGGAUCACCAUUUGCAGCAUCUUUUCACCUUUACGUUUGUGCUGCCUUCCUACGAUAUUGGUCUAAAAAUUUACUUCAAGAAAAUGAUUUUCAAGGACUCAUACUGUAUCUUCAAAAUUUACCUACUUUUCACUGGGGAGACAAUGAAGUUGAGUUAUUGGUAGCCGAUGCAUACUCAUUGAAAGAAACAUUUACUCCCAAUCAUCUUCUUUCAUCAUGAAUCCGAUUGUUUGAAUUUCCGUUUCGAGAAAAUUGGUACUCAACUAGCAAUCAACACAUUAAUGCAAAUGCUGGAAAAGGCCUUCAUUCUCUCAAUAUUUUGGUUCCUUUUAGUUACUUUUCUGCUCACCAUAAAUUGAUCUGUUGAUUCUCAUUAUCUUAGCUUGAAAUAAUCAAGGCUACAGUAAAAAGAGCUAUCUAAAGAGAAGAAAAGAUACAAUUCGCAACCGGAAGAAUUUCAAUGCCUUUCUUUUGCUAUAAAUUAAUCAAUUGAUGAAGUUGAUGCUACUGUACAUAUUGCUGAUGGUGAUGAUUAUAUUGUUUAUAAUGAAGGUAAUGGUGAAGCUGAUAACCAACUAAAAGUCUAUUAUUUUGCCGCGCUUCUAAUGUUGUGAAUAAUAAGCCAAACGAAACACAUCAUCCAUAAUGUUUUCCACCCUAACUUUCCUAUUAUUAUCUAAUAUAACCAACUAUCAAAAGAAUGAAUAAAGACCACGGAUGGAUUCGUGUUUUUCCCGGAAGAAUAAUGAUUAAGAUUAAAGAGAAUAAAGAUCAAAUGAACAAGCAUCAUUUGAAAGUUCAUUCUCAUAUUAUGGUGUUGAUAUUAAAUUUGAUCACAUUGAAAGAUCAUCGUUCUGGUUAUACGCUUUGGUUAAACUUGACCGAGAAAAUUAUUUCAAUCAAAAGACUCACCACCUAAAAUAAACUGCAAGAAUACAAUAAAAAAGUUCAAUCAAAUUUCCACAGCAAGAGAUGCAACUUUUCUGGAGAAAGGACAACAAUCAUCUUUAAUGCUCUUCAUUAAUACCAUCAUCUUCCUUCUGAUAAUCAUAAUCAUCACCAUGAACAUAAUCAUUACCACCAUUGUCAUAAUCAUCAUAAGUCCAACAUCAAUGAAAAAGAAAUCCGAAUCUUUUUAUUUCUCUCUUUUUGCUGCUCUUCUGAAUAACCUUACUGUACUCUGUACAAGCUCAAUAAUUGAUCAUCAUUAUUACCAUUAUUAUUUUUCCCGUUUAUUGUUAUUAGCUUAUAGCUAUACACUUUUUCUUGGUUACCUAAUUAACCUUAUAAACAAUCUCAAUAUAAUCAUAUUUUGUUCUGUCUUUUUUUUCGGUGGUGUAUAAAUCAAAACUAAAACAAUUUGGAGAGAGAGAGCCUUGGGGUCAGUUGCUGAUGUCCAUUGACAAUGAAUGAAAUAUUUUAACAUGUGAUUUAACAUGAAAACAACUAUCCUUAAAGGCAAAUAAUCAGCAAAAUAAUAUUUAAAGCAAUUAUAAACAACAAGAGGUAAAGAAACUGUGAGAAAGAUGAAAUAAGAUGUGUCAAGAUGGUAAAGCCUUAGAGGACAAACGUUUUCAUUAGAUAUUGGCGAGCCGUGAAGAUCAUAAAGCCGUGUUACAUUCAGUUCCGUACAUUAACAACAAUCUUUCUUUCCUCCUUUAGCUCUCUCUUUCUCUUUCUUUGUCUUGAUUUAUCAUCUUGUUACAUCUUCAAAGGUACCUGAGGCUGACUUUAAAUUUUGCUAUUUUGACUCAUUUUUCUUCCCUUCUCAUUACCUAAAUCUCUUUACUCUCAGUCUUUUCCCACAGAGUCAUGAUUAAACACGUUACACCAUUGAAACAAACAUGGCGACGUUUACUUCUUCCUCACCUUAUCACCUUGUUAUUCACCUUUACUUUUUAACCGCAAUCUUGUCCACCAUUGAGAGUAAAAUAGAUUCAACCGAAAUCUUUGGUCCUUUACCAACAACACCACAACCUGAUCAUCAGUCGUCCUCUUCAUCAAAUCCAAAAACACCAUUGAAUUCAUCCAUUGACACUUUAUCCUCACCAAGCUCCUAUGAGAGUAAACCGUUUUCAUUAAGAAACAUUUUCUCCUCAUUUAAGUCGCACAAAAAUUUUUCUUCCUCACUUUUACCAACUUACCUUUCCUCAAAUCGUCACCAUCCUUCCCGUCAAGAGACUCCAAUCUCUGAUUUUGCCGUCUCUCAUCCACUCAUCAGUGAUGCAAAUGCUCGUAUUCCAUUGUAUCUUUACAAUCCCGGAUUGGCUCGUAAAAUUGGCUUAAGUACACUUCUAAUGACUAGUGUUAUUUACGGAUUAACCAUUUUACCCGCCAUUUACGCUGUUACUGGUAAUCUACCUUUACCUUCAGGUUUCAUGAGCAGCCUGACUGGAGGUAAGCGACGUAAACGAUCCUUUUACCUUGGGACUCCCUGGGAGUUGCCAUUAUUUGAUAAGCCAACAACGGAAAAGUUUUUGGCUCUUUUGGAGGCAACAUUGGAGGUUCGUAAAGUAAACUCGGUAACCUGUAAGAGGCAGCAUUUAUGCAAAGUUUACCAAUGGGCUUUGAAGAGUGAAGACAAACCGUUGACAUUGAGCACCUUUGAAAGAGCCUUGGUCAAUAUAUUUGGGGUUGCAGCCGAAAGACGUGGUUUACAUGUAAAACUGGUUCCAGCAGUGAAACUUUACUCUGAAGCUGCUUUGGUUGCCUUAACGGGAUCAAAUUGUACUCUAAUCUAUCCUUGUACUGAAACUAUAAAUUACAGUAAAGCUUCAAGACUAUUUUGAUAUCAAUCGAGAAUCGAUAAUUCAUCGAUCUUUGCACAAAACGAUAACGACUCAAAGCGACCUGGAAUGGCAUCAAAAGUUGGGAAAACAAUUUAAACCAAUUUUUCUGUUGAUCAAUCUUGCAAUCUCAAUCUUUUUAACCUUUUUUUGCUUAAAACCAAAUAAAUGUUUUAUUUUUGCAUUGAAAA